AUGUCUCAUUCCAUUGCCUUAGGACUGACACCAACAAGCACGUUUACAUAUGAAGAAUUAGAAAGGGCUACAGAUGGAUUCUCGGAGUCAAAUUUUCUGGGCCAGGGUGGAUUUGGCACUGUCCAUAAAGGAGUCCUGCCUAAUAACAAUCAAAAUGUUGCCAUUAAGCAACUCAAAUCUGGAAGCAAACAAGGAGUGCGAGAAUUCCAGACUGAAGUCCAGGUCAUCAGCAGAGUCCAUCACAGACACCUUGUUUCCCUUGUUGGCUACUGCAUUGCUGAAUCUCACAAGACUUUGAUGCUUGUCUAUGAGUUUGUCCCUAAUAAAACCCUAGACUUUCACCUCCACGGCGAAAGCACUAGAACUAUGGAUUGGACCACAAGGAUGAAGAUUGCUAUUGGCUCUGCAAAAGGAUUGGCAUAUUUGCAUGAAGACUGUCAACCCAAAAUCAUACAUCGUGACAUCAAGGCAGCCAACAUUCUUCUCGAUAACAAUUUUGAGCCAAAGGUUGCAGAUUUUGGACUUGCCAAAUUUUCAUUAGACACUGAUACCCAGGUGGACUCUACUCGAGUAGUGGGAACCAUUGGAUACUUGGCACCAGAAUAUGCAGCUAAUGGGAAUCUCACAGAUAAGUCAGAUGUCUUCUCCUUCGGAGUUGUGCUUCUGGAGUUGAUCACAGGACGGAAACCUACUCGUAAAAUUUUGGCAGAUGACAGUAUGGUCGAAUGGAGACCUUUACUGUCGGAAGCGAUGGAAAAUAGGAACUUUGAGGGAAUAGCUGAUCCGAGGUUGCAGAAUAAUUACAACUUUGCUGAGAUGUUUCGAAUAGUUUCUUGUGCUGCAAAUUGCGUCCGUUCUUCACCUGGUGGUCGUCCUCGAAUGAGCCAGGUAGUUCAAGCUUUGGUAGGAAAUAUUUGUCUGGACGAUCCAAAAGAAGAGACCAAUCGGAGGAGUCAGAGGAACGGGACCUCGCAAGCUGAAGGAUAUAUAUAUAACACCGAUAGUGAUGACUCUGAUCAAUUUCAAUCUACCUCAAGUAAUUCUGGCCCCAAAGCACUUUGA